AUGCCAAGAUACAGACAUGAAUACGUAGAAUUCGCAUCACGAUGUUACGACCGUUUCACUUGGAUGACUAAAGGUCUGAGGUCGAUGACUGGUUACACGGGCAACUUUGGGGAUGCCCGAUUGUGCUUUGCCAUGGCCACUGUCUUCCGGCUUCUCAAUGCCACCGAGAAGGCUACGGUGGCAUGCCAGCCUUCUUGGUGGCAUACCAUGCUAUUCGACGAGCCAUGGCUGAUAGCUUCGUUCAGCGUCUGA